GAAGACAGUAACGAAAAGAUAGGGAAAUUAGACAUAAGAAAUGCGAUUAUAGAGAGCGAAUAGAAUAUUGUUCUUCAGAACUCUGUAGGCGGAUCUCCUUUAGUCCUUUGUCUCCGUUCCGUCGUCAACCCUACCUUUGGAUCUGCGUUUGGCCUUCAGGUUUUGAAGUCCGAAGGACGAAGAAGAAGAGAUUCCUGACAGCGUAAUCAUGUUUGGUGUCGUAAGGCGAAGGGUUGCUUCUGGCAGCCCGUCUCCUUGGUUGCUAGGUCAGUCAGCUCAGAAAAUCCGGUCUGGCCCAUCAGUUUCUGCUAGAGCUUCUUCCAUUGUGGAAAAAGAGAUUGUAUUUCGUUCAGGCGGAUGUGGAUUUGUCCAGAACUUCAGUCAUAUAACUCCUGGAAGCUGGAUUAAUUCAAAGCCUAUGAGGGUGGUCAUUCAUCCAGAGGCAACUGUUCGAACUUGGGGGCGUCUAUUUUCUUCAGAAAGUGGAGACACGGUUGAUGUUGUGGUUCCUCCUUUGGCUGAAUCUAUCUCUGAUGGAACUCUGGCACAAUUUUUGAAGAGGCCUGGUGACAGGGUUAAUGCUGACGAGCCUAUUGCUCAAAUUGAAACAGAUAAGGUGACAAUUGAUGUUUCAAGUCCUGAGUCAGGCGUGAUUCUAAAGCUUCUAGCCAACGAAGGUGAUACUGUUGAGCCAGGUAACAAGAUAGCAAUCAUUUCAAGGUCUGCUGAUGCAACUCACGUUGCCCCAUCUGAGACUAUAUCUGAGAAAGCUGCUCCUCAGCCAACCCAAAAGGUUAGCGAGGAGAAGAAAGCCCCGAAAGUUGAAACUGCUCCUGCUAAAGAGAAGCCCAAAACACCUCCUGCCACUCUGAAGUCUCCCACUGAGCCCCAGCUUCCUCCUAAAGAAAGAGAAAGACGAGUUCCUAUGACAAGGCUUCGGAAACGAGUUGCUACACGGCUGAAAGAUUCCCAAAACACAUUUGCUAUGCUGACUACCUUCAAUGAAGUUGAUAUGACUAAUUUGAUGAAGCUCCGUUCUGAUUAUAAGGAUGCUUUUGUUGAAAAGCAUGGAGUCAAAUUGGGGCUUAUGUCUGGCUUUGUCAAAGCUGCUGUCAAUGCACUCCAACAUCAGCCGAUUGUCAAUGCAGUCAUUGAUGGUGAUGAUAUUAUAUACAGAGAUUAUAUAGAUAUCAGCAUAGCUGUUGGUACUCCAAAGGGCCUUGUUGUACCGGUUAUCCGCAAUGCUGAUACCAUGAACUUUGCUGAUAUAGAAAAGCAGAUUAAUACUUUUGCAAAGAAGGCAAAUGAUGGAUCUUUAUCAAUUGAUGAGAUGGCUGGAGGCACUCUUACAAUAUCCAAUGGUGGUGUUUAUGGAAGCCUUUUGAGUACCCCUAUUAUCAACCCUCCUCAGUCUGCAAUCUUGGGUAUGCAUUCCAUAGUGAGCCGUCCAACGGUUGUUGGAGGAAAUAUUGUCCCAAGACCAAUGAUGUACGUGGCUCUAACAUAUGACCACAGAAUUAUUGAUGGAAGAGAGGCCGUGUUCUUUCUGCGACGCAUCAAAGAUAUUGUGGAGGAUCCUCGCAGGCUUCUGCUUGACAUAUGAAGUGAACCUCUAAUUUUAAAUGGAGUAAAUUAAACCUCAAAAUUCAAAUACCAUAAUGGGUACCCUUUGGUUUGGAUUUUGAAUUGCGGCUGUCCGUAAUUUAUAAUCUGUAAUGAGCAAACUCUUUAGGAUCAUAUCCCAAUUUCCGUUCGAUAUUAAUUCAGCAUGUUUGUGUUUUUUCUACCCGCUAUUCCUCUCAUUUAAUAUGAAGAGGGUCACAGUUUUUGGCUACAAAAUUGUUGUAUGAAACGACUAUGAACUAUACUGUAGGGAUUGCCCCCGAAGUAAUAAUGCGAUCUCUUUUCAUAGCAUUA